AUGACUGUAGAAGAAGCAAAAAAACCAAUACGCAAUAGGUUUCAAAGACAAGUGACUACCCUUUUUUGGAAGUCUUAUAUUCAAAGACAGCGGCGAUGGCGAAUCCUGGUUAUAGAAACCCUGUUUGCCGUAUUCCUCUUCUCCUUCGCUACGUAUAUUGCGAAACCUGUUUUUAUGACACCGUUGCAAGCGAUACCAGAACGUCCAUUGACUUCUACUGAUAUAAUAGCUUCACUAAAGACUGAUAAUAUAUUGGGAUAUGCCCCGAACACGCCGCCAUUUAUUGGUGUAAUGGCCAGGGCAGCAAAUCGGCUUAAAAUUAAGACCAUCAGUGCGGCGACCGAAGACGACCUUAAUAAUAUGUUAUAUAAUCGAUCGCAAGGUACUCCGAUUGAUAACCCUAUUAUAUGGGUUAUCUGGAAACAGGAGGACAAAAAUAUUUGGAGAUACAGUAUUCGUAGUACGGAGCGCGCUCGCUAUGCAACCAGGUCUGAAAAUGUCGUUUCUCACAACCCACAUUUGAGGAGCGGUUUCCUAGCAGUUCAGUUAGCUGUCAACGAAGCUAUUUUGGAGUAUGUCAGUCCAAUAACACCGCAAUAUGAGUUAAGUUUGGUAUCAAUGCCUGUAUCGCCUUUGAUGCAACAGGCUAGAGUUAGAAAAGCGAUAUCCGGUAUACUGCUUUGCUUUACUCUAGCCCUUCUUCCUCCUGUUCUGGAGAUGGAGUCAUUGGUCGUUAAGGAAUCACAAAAUCGACUAAAGCGCGCACUUCGACUACGUAAUGUAGAUUACUCAGCCAUCUAUCUCGGCUGGAUUGUCUAUGGUUACCUUACUGUCUUACCAGCCUGCAUAGUGGCUAGUGCAACUCUUUUGCUGAUCUUCCGCUGGAUCCACAUGCUGUACAGCUUCAUAAUGCUUCUGACGUAUGUGUCUGUGAUGAUCAUGAUGGCCCUUAUCAUGUCCAUGUUUCAGUAUAAACCCUGGGUCGCGACUGUAUGGACUACUCUCUUCACUUUAAUGCAGACGUUUGUUGCGGAAUUGAUAAUCCAUCAUCAGAUAGACUCGAAAAAUGCCGUACUCACUUUCUUUCUUCACCUAAUCAUACCUCCCUUGGGCCUUGAGCAUGGUUUCAACGAGUUUGCAUUGUUGCAAACUGGACAGGACGGAAGAUGGGAAUCCCAUUCAGUCAUGUUCACCAUACUGUCUUGGCUGUUCAUGAUCUCUGUUUACUUUAGCGUGUUGAUGCUGAUGCAAAGAACCAUCAAGCAAACCGCCAUUGGUGGCGAGGUGUCUUGGAAGUCUAUUCUCUUCAAGAAAGCUGAAGAUGCAAACAAGCUACAUCAAAUAGAAAACCCGACUGGCAAAGAACGCGACAAUUUGCAGGAAGUCGACGAAUUAGUCGCGAAGGCUAUAAGCAUGCGCAACGUGUCCAAGAGUGUCAUGAACCGCCCGGUGGUAACAAAUGUGACUCUUGAUAUAUAUCGUGGCGAAUUCACGAUGAUGUAUGCUGAACGAAUACAAACCAAGAUGAUGACAGCUAUAGAGGACCUUCUGAUCGGUCUGACAUCACCUGAUACUGGAACCAUCAGCAUUUUGGGUGAAGAAAUGAAACCUGGGGUGAACCCUAUGUCCAUGUUGACAAUGAUGGGUUACUGUCAUCGAAGCGAAGUUCUUAUUGACGAACUGACUGUGGAAGAGAACCUUACAUUCUUUAUUUCCCUUUGCCUCUGGAAUGAAAGCAGUCAAUUUAUAUCGGAAUAUGGCCAUCUGCGUUCGAAAGACCUGAUGAAGGAGUGCCAUUUAGAAGAGGUUAAACAAGAGUAUGUUCAGAAUCUGGAUGACUUCUACCGAGCGCAGCUGUGUUGGGCUAUAGCCAUGUUGCUUGAACCAAGAAUUAUUAUUAUACCAAACUUUACAGGAAAACCUAAUUAUAUCUCCGUUAUCAAGGAUAAAAUCAUGCAAUAUCGAAGCUAUAUAACACUAAUUAAAGUAAGCUAUUCCAGCGUGUAUUUAGAGUACGCCGAUCGUGUUUUUAUUUUUGAUAAGAAGACGUUGGUUUUUGGGGGCACACCUGCCUAUAUGUUCUUUAAAUAUGGACGAGACUACAGGAUAAGAAUCACAUUUAGAAAUAAUAGAUACACUAACGAAAAAGAUGAGCUUUUAGAAAAGGCGGCCGAAGCAGGUGCUAAAAUACGAGCACAUCUGGGUACGUUACUGAUAUUAAAAGUGCCGACUCAUCCAACGGCGAACGUAGCUAAGCUAGUGCAAAUACUUAGCAAUGACUCAAGUAAAUUCGGCAUUGUGUCUAUGAAUAUCAGUAUCCCGGACUCGGAGGAAGUGUGUAAUAGGGCGAUAUUUGAAUCAAGGGCUGCGUUACACGGAACUCCUGAAGCUCACGAAGUAUCUAGGACUGCACUGGCGCACCUUGGAACAACGAACGAGUGGAGACCGUCAAGGGCACCGUACAGCCUGGAUAAUAUUAUACACUUGUCAUACAUUGGACAAAAGUUUAUUUCGUUUUACAAUCAGAACAGAGUCGUUUUGAUUUUUACAGUCAUAUCAGCGUUCGUGGCGGGAGUUUUUAUUGGAUUAUCCUUAUCUCAAGUACUCAUAGAUAUUGAGCAUGAUCGUGUUGCUAAACAGAUUCUGCACGGCGAGAUUUUAACCGUUGAAGCUUUAGAGCAAAAGACCACGCUAGUUUUACGAACGGAUAAUUCAACUCAAGCUCAAUCUAUUGCAAAUGCGUAUGUCUUGUCUGAAACAAACGCAACUGAAAAAGAAAUUGAAAAUAUGAAAUAUACGGCACUUUCGGACGUGGAAAGUAUAACUGAAUACUUGGUGACGCGAGCUAUUGAUUCGCCUCAACAUUAUGUGUACAUGUACGCGUAUGGAUUAGAUGUGAAAGCGGUUGGUGACAAAGUCGUGAUGCAAGUUCUCUACAGUCCAAUUCAUUAUGAUCACGGUGCUUCGGCUAGAUCAUUAGCGAGGGCUUACAUGGCACUGUUGCGACAUUACUCAAAUUCCUUAGACGCUACUAUACAAGUAACGGAUGAUCCGCUAGCUUUGGAUCUUACACCAUGGAUGGCAUAUGCUGAAAGUCCUCCCAUUUUCACUCAAUUUUUGUUAAUUCUAACAAUUUCUCAUAUGAUCCUAAUACCUUCAAAGGAAAGUGGAUUUAUAAGACACACUCAGUGCUACACAAUCAAUUUCUCUCCAUUACGUUAUUGGUUCUCUAUGUUUAUAUGCGAUCUCUUUUUCUACUGGAUGCUGGUGGCUGUUAUGUCUGGAGCUUUGGCGACCAUCAUGAUUUUAGUUGCGCCAUACUAUUUCGGGAUCGCUGAUUUCGUUGUAAUAUCCAUAAUGCUCGCUGUGUAUGGAAUAGGUUGCAUUCCUCAAGCCUAUCUGUUCAGCUUGGGCCCGUAUGCAGCUCUCAAUUCAAUGAUUUUCAUUAUGUUCAACAUUGUUUUCGGAGAGACGACGGUGUUGGCUAAAUUAUUUUAUGGUAACGCUUUGAAUUACGCUAUAAAUUUUUUGAGCUUUUCACCACAAUUCAACAUGGCUUACGCCUUUAUAAAGAUAAAGAAGAUUUUCUUGUACAACAGCGAAUGCAACAUAUUCAAAAGGAAAAAUUUGUGUUCAUCUAAAACACUACACAAGUGCUGUCCCAAAUGCGGAGUUUUGCAAAAAUGUUUCUCUAAGGAAUACUACUUAUACAGUUCACCCGGAGUGCGCAUGGAAAUAUUUGCUAUGUUUUCGAUAGCCAUUAUCUUCACAUCCAUUUUACUAAUAUGGGAAUACAAAUAUCUUCAUCGGUGUUUCCACUUCAUCUUCAAGUUCAUUUAUUUUGAUCAAAAAGUUUCCGACGAUGAUAGUGAAGGGGUUAGACAGGAGAAAGCUGAUGUUUUGAACAAGCGAAAGGAAUUGACUUCGAAAACUCGCAUGAAAGGCGACACAUUCGGCGAAUACCUUUUAGCAAGUAAUAUUUCUAAGAAGGUCGCUGGCAUUUAUGUCAUCCGACAUGUUCAUUUUGGACUUGGCAAGGGAGAGGCUUUAGCUCUUUCUGGUUUGUUGAAGCACGGUAGGCUAAAGUUGUGCGAGUUGAUUGCAGGUUAUACAUUGCCUAGUGAAGGGCGUCUGUGGAGUAUGUCUAAGUGGAGCUUGAACCGCAACCCCUAUAUGUACAGUAGAAGAAUAAGCCUCUGUUGCCAACACGAUCCACUGCCGAAUUGGAUGACAGUGUAUGACGCGCUCGCCUUGAUAGCUGUGCUACGGGGAUUCCCAAAAUCACGAGUUAAAGAAGAGGUUAAUGAUUAUAUCGAUGCCUUGGAAUUGCACAACUAUGCUAAAACAAUAAUCCAAUACUUGGACCCAAAUGAACAGUCUCGAUUGCGCUUCCUAGCGGCUGUGGUGGGCGCUCCUCCUGUGGUUCUAUUAGAUGAGUGCACAGCAUAUCAGAAGUACUCAGUGCGUCGCGCUAUGUAUUCCGUGAUUCAUAACUUAAGGAAGAGAGGGCAUGCAGUGUUUAUAUCAUCUAGCAAUGUUGAGAGCCACAUGCCAGUGACGAACCGAUUGGCGAUACUCUACGACGGCAGAAUCUACGAUAUUGAUUACGUAGAUAACCUAGUGGCCCGCUAUAGUGACUCGGGCUACACCGUGGUAGUUCAUCUCAAAGAUGAAGUCAAUGUAUCAAGAAUGUUCUCUAACUAUUUCAAGGAUUUCAUGAUCAAUGACAGCAAUGAGGUACUGGUUAACGUCCAGAUACAAGACACUGAUCUAGACUGGGCUAAAAUAUUUGAAAGAAUGGAGAGACUUCAAGCUGAUAAUUCUAACGUAUAUUCCUAUGUUAUUUCUGCUGUGCCCAUUGACUACGUAUACAAUAGAAUAUUAAGCAGAGAAGUCGACUCGAAAGAUUGA